AUGAGGGCAUGGAAGGAAAUACGGCCACAGUUUCUGCCGGCCAUGAUAACUAUGUUCCUCCUUCUCCAGGUUCUGUUCUUAGUGAACAUGUGCUAUCUUUACGCAACACAGUUCCGAAGUACAGCCCGCUAUCACAACCUCAGCGUUCUUUAUGUCGACUACGACCGUGAUGUCAUUGGAAAAUCAGUCUUUGAUGCCUACCAGGGACUACAAGGGGACAGCUUUCCAACCUUGCGCCUAGCAUCUUCUACUGAAUAUCCACAAGAAGACGACAUUCGAGAAGCUGUAUGUCGGGGUGAAUAUUGGGGAGCUGUAUACGCCAACCCAGGGGGCUCAGAGGGAUUAGCAUCGGCGCUAGCGACUGGCUAUAGGGCGCCGACAUCCCUCACCUAUGUCUGGAAUGGGGUGAGGUACCCAGUCUUCUCGCAGGCCGGCAUUUACGCAAAUCUUUUGAGAUUGGUUGAAGCCACUCGGUCCUCAUACUACUCCAAUAAUGGAUCUGCGGUAGUCGCAUCUACCGACCUGUCUAGUCCAGCCAGCCUCGGUGUAUUCCUCAACCCCAUUCAGGCCAAGGAAAUCAACAUAAAGGGCACGGAGCAUGGGACAAGGGUCUUUUAUAACACCGUCUCCAUGGUCAUGCCCAUCAUUCAACAGUUCUUCUUCAUGUUGGCAUUGAACGGGAUUUCAACCCGUUUUGGUGCAUUUACCAGAUUAUCCUGGAAAGCAAACAGCCUCAUUCGUCUGAUAGCCUCAAUACUAUACACUUUCACCGGGAGCCUCUUGAUGACCAGCUACAUCUGGGCAUACCGAGAAGACUGGAGAUUAAGUGGGAGUCGGUUUGUGUUGACAUGGAUGAUCCUUUGGCUUCUCAUGCACAUCAAUUUCUUGUUCUUCGACAUCACAACGGCUUUCAUCCCAAUUCAGUUUAUGUCCUUCGUUGUUCUGACGUGGGCCAUUUUCAAUGUCGCCAGCACUAUUAGUCCGUUCGAACUGAAUCCAGAAUUCUUCCGCUGGGGCUACGCACUCCCAUCCCAUGAGGCGUACCAAGUUCUGAUUCAGAUUUGGUCCGGCGGAUGCAAUAAUCGACUUUACCAAGCCCUUCCCAUUAUGUUCUCGUGGUGGAUUAUUGGUAUCCCCAUCGCCGUCUAUGCGAUGCAACACCGUUGCAAAGCUGCCAUGUCUGAGCAAGGAGCAUCUGAUCGCAUGAGGCUGGAAAGGAAUUCCGAGGCUCGAAACAUAGGCAGAAUAAACGAGAAGUGA